AUGACACAGACAGACGUAGCACCUGUCGUUGAGGACGAUGACGAUUACCAGCUCAGCGGUCCUAUGCCCAUCGAAAAACUCGAGGGGAAUGGGAUAACGCCGGGGGACAUCAAAAAGUUGAAGAGUGAAGGAUAUCACACGAUUGAAUCUAUUGCCUACACGCCGAAAAGAGCACUCCUCACUAUCAAGGGGAUCUCCGAUGGGAAGGCAGAUAAGAUUUCGAUGGAAGCAGCUAGAAUGGUGCCCAUGGGGUUCACCACAGCUUCUGAGUUCCACACCAGAAGGUCUGAAUUGAUCUGUGUCACCACCGGAUCUAAGCAGUUGGAUACGUUGCUUGGAGGGGGUAUCGAAACCGGGUCCAUUACCGAGGUUUUUGGGGAGUUUAGAACCGGGAAGUCGCAGUUGUGUCACACUUUGGCAGUGACUUGUCAAUUACCCAUUGAUAUGGGAGGUGGAGAGGGUAAGUGCCUUUUCAUUGACACGGAGGGAACUUUUAGACCGAUUAGAUUGGUUUCCAUCGCUCAAAGGUACGGAUUGAAUCCGGAUGACUGUUUGGACAACGUAGCGUAUGCUAGAGCCUAUAACGCAGAGCACCAGUUGCAGUUGUUGCACCAGGCGGCAGCAAUGAUGUCGGAAUCCAGAUUUUCGUUGCUUAUUGUAGACUCAAUCAUGUCACUUUAUAGGACCGAUUACUCUGGUAGAGGUGAAUUAUCAGCUAGACAAACGCAUGUUGCAAAGUAUAUGAGAAUGUUGCAAAGAUUGGCUGAUGAGUUCGGAAUUGCAGUUGUGAUUACCAACCAAGUUGUUGCCCAAGUGGAUGGAAGUGCAUCGAUGUUCAAUCCAGAUCCUAAGAAGCCAAUUGGUGGUAACAUCAUUGCGCAUUCUUCGACUACCAGAUUGUCGUUUAAGAAGGGUAGAGGAGAACAGAGAAUUUGUAAGAUCUAUGACAGUCCCUGCUUACCAGAAAGUGAGUGUGUGUUUGCAAUUUAUGAAGAUGGGAUCGGUGAUCCAAAGGAAGAUGAAGAUUAG